AUGCAUAGACAGACCGAUAGCUCACCUCCACUACUCCAAUAUUUUCGCCGCUUUAGCCCUACCGGCAAUCGCACCGUUCAGCCAAGUGUCAACAAUCUAGACAGCUUGUCUGUUGCUCGCUUACUUACUCCGGCUGCACACUCCAACGGCCUGCCAACACCUGUACUUGGCUUCUUCAGAGAUGCCCAGAGCUCAGAGAAUUAUUCUAAACCGCGAGCGGCCAGGCCAAGCGAUACACACUCUGCCUUUCUUGGACCUUCUUCACAUCCGGCUCUUACAACCCCUAGGACAAAAGGAUAUAAGAGGCGUAGUGUGAAAUGUUCUAUACGCUUUUGCUCCUCAGAGGCAUCCAGAGAACGACCACGCAAUGUGGCUCAAGUCUCUCAACAGAUCAGAGAGUUAUGCGCAAAUCGAACUAAUGAUGCCUACCAGCAGACCACUCGCAGAACUACAGAAUGCUUUCUGGCGCCCUUCCAAGCCAACAUCGAUGAAACAAUCUGUGCGUCGCCGUAUGACUAUACCAUGUCAUUGCCAGGCAAAAGAACUAUUCCAAAGUUCAUAGGUGCGCUUCAAGAUUGGCUUCAUGUUCCUCUCACGUCCAUGAAGAUCAUCGAAAACAUCGCAACAGAUAUGGUUAAUGUAUCUCUAAUGCUAGAUGAUAUCCAGGACGGCUCCGAGCUUCGACGGGGAUUCCCAGCCGCUCACGUCAUAUAUGGCUGUAGCCAAACGAUCAACAGCAGUACAUACAUCUUAGUCAAGGCUGUCGAACGCCUGCAGCGACUCAAGAAUGAAGAAUGUCGCGUUGUGUUUUAUGAGGAAUCGCGGAAUCUUUGCGUAGGCCAGGGGUUUGAUCUCUAUUGGCGCCAUCAUGUGCAGUGCCCUUCAGUGGAUGAUUACAUUACAAUGGUCGACAAUAAGACUGGAAGCUUUUUCAGGCUAGCAACUCGGCUGAUGGUAGCGGCGGCUCCAAGUUCCUUUGGUUCAGCAGAACUUUUUCAACUUGUGAGUUUAAUGGGGAGGUAUUACCAGAUCCGAGAUGACUAUCAGAAUCUAGCUUCUGACGAGUAUGCUGCUAAAAAGGGUUUCUGCGAUGAUCUAUCCGAAGGAAAAUUCUCCCUCCCGUUAAUACACUUUCUUCAACAUGCCCCAUCGCAAAAAGCAGACCAAAUUCGUGGCCUGAUAUUUCAUCGCCACCAAGGGGCCGGAUCACCCUUAAAAAGCACUCUUAGCAUCGAAACUAAACAGUGGAUACUCUCCGAAAUUAAGAAAGUGGGAAGUUUGGAAUACGUUCACGAUAUUUUGGACGACAUGCACGAGGCGAUGUCACGAAUGCUGGACGGCUUGGAGAGCGAUCUUGGGAAAAAUGUGAAGUUAAACGCCUUAUUGGCUGGCCUUAAGCUUUGAUCCCGUUUCCGUCUAUGUCUUCAGGGUUCACAUGUCGUUCGGCUUUGAAGGAAGUCGCCCCUGCAAUUACGAGGCACCGCUAUACGCCAGACCUUGCUGACAAAGAGCCAUACUGAGGUGCGAGGGCCAACUGGAAUAUAUCAAAAUGGCCAGGCUGGGGAAUUAACCGAUAAGAAUACGUGCCAGAUCUCUAUGAAAAUCUUCCCAUUCUCCGGAGUCGCAUGCUGUUCAGGGGUCUGCCCCCGUUUCACAUUGGUACCGACAUUACAAAUGGGUUUAGUUUCUCUUUUGGUUUGAAUACGCUAUUGUCUAACAGGAUUGCACGGUCGAAAUGUUGAAGAGAAAAGAUUUUUGGCAUUGUGCUGGCUGCAUGCAACCACUAUACACCCUUUG